UAGCGACUUCGUAAAUAAACGUGAGGGGUUUUCUGUCAUCUAUUUUUAGAAACAUGUCGAUAUUGACCAAUCGUGACUUAUUCUCCGUUGAAACGUAAACUUGAGGAAGUGUGUUUUGAUCUACUUUCAUUGUAAAAAUCAGAGAUUAAUUGGACUAUUUAUUUAAGACGGUGAAGUGUAAGAUAUGCAAAUAUAGACUGCCAAACAUAUAUCAAAAUGGAGGAUAUGAAAGAAUCAUGGAAAAGUAAAUUUUCGUGCGAUUUACCCCCGGAAUUUAUUUCCCGACUGGAAUGUGAGUUAUCAAAGUGCGAAAAUGACCCUGAGGCUGGCGAUUUGAAAGCGUUGUCACGAGUUAAAGAUAUAACUAAAACUAGGAUUAAUGAAUUAGGUAAACAAUUAAGAAAUGAGGAGUUCUUCUUUGAAGAAAUAACUUCAGUUGUCAGUUCAAGACAACAUAGAAACAAAAAGGACACUAGUGACACCGUUGAUGCUAUGUAUGCAAAGGUAAACAAACCUGUCAAGUUGAAUAUUGGUGACUCACCUGCCAAAAAAAUGAGUGACCAGGCUUCAAAAAAUUUAGACCAAGGAUCUGGACGUUUGUUCAGUCAGAGCAGUGGUACAUAUGAAGAAAUUGGAUUUUCUAGGUCUGAGAUGCCUGCCACUCCUGAUAGUGAUGUCCCAAAAAAUGCGGAAGGCAUUGCAAAAAAGAAGUCGCGGGCGUCAGUAAAAGAUAAGAUUAAAAUGUUUGAGCAUAGUGACUCGUCAUCUGGUGAUGACAAUCUGAACUCACCUGAAGGUGAUUAUGCUCGACUUGUAAUUAAACCUACCGUGUCACCAAAGCCAUCGCCCGCAGCAAAACGGAGGCCUCAUGCAAAUGAGUAUGAAGAAAUAAGUCUUCCUUUUCUUAGAUCAAAUAAAAAAACAGAUGAACCUAGCUCUGUAAGAAUUCCCAGUCAACAAACUAGACAUGCUACUGAUAAACCAGAUAAAUCGUGCGAAGAUACUGAAAUUAAACAUGAUUCAUCAUGUAAACAGGAAGGAUACGCUUCCUUGAGCGAGCAACCACUUGAAAACAAAUUGUCACAUACUCAACAUCAAAAGAGAUCUGCACCUCCAGUUCCGUCAAGAAAAAGUAGGGGAAUUGACAAUAAUAAACACAAUGAUGUACUCAAAAACACUGAAGCCUCGACCUUGAAGUACAGUGACCAAGAACCGCAAUUGUCAUCGAGUUUAAGACAUAAACAAAUAAAUGAGGACAUAAAAAGCAAGAAUGACAUGCAGGAUUAUACGGAGAUUGAUGACAAUGUAGAAGGUGAUUACUGCAUGAUAAGAAGUGUAAACACAGAUAACAAACAUGUCACUCUUGUUAAUGUUUCGAGCAAUGGUAGUGACAUAGGCAAGCGGGUUAAUUCUGGUAAAAAUUCAAAUUUCAGUGUUCUAAGCAUUAGCCGAUCGGACAGAGAAUUAUCUAAAUCUUCGGAGGAUUUAAGUUCUAAAAAAACAGGAAAGCUUACACGUUCCUCAAGCAGGUCUUUUGACGAUUUAAAACAGGAAAGUCACUAUGCUGAAGUGGAAUAUUCAAGUAUUAAUCAAGAUUCACAACAAAAAGACGAAAAUAUGAAAAAGCUUUUUGGUCUUAGAGAAAGUGGUGAUUUAAAUGCUAAGCAUGGAGAUGAAGCAAAAGAGUUAAUUGUAGGUAAGCAAUAUAAGGCACUGUCUAGCAGUAGUAGCUCAGAAGAAGAUCUUAUGAACACUGUCGUUGUUGAUUUGGAGAAGACUCUAGAUAAAGAUGCUUCUGAAAAACCUGAACCUUUGAAAGCCAAGGACAGAAGAGGUCGAGUGCCUGAUUAUGAAAAAUGGACAUUCCAAACUUUGUUGACUUCAACAGGAAUAAGCGUUGCUGAAAAUGGUAACUUAACGGAUAAUGGAAGUGAUGAUGAUACUCCAUAUGACAAUGUUGAAAAUGUGAUGGAUAAAAAUGAAACAGUGUCAGGUCAGAGUGACGAUUCAGGUGUAUGUGAAUCCACAGAGAGUUCUUCUACACCAGAGGAGAAAGAGAAAUUAUACGAAGAAGUGUAUGAACCCAGGGAAAAGAACGUGCCUUCACCAAACAUGCCAAGGUCAGAUGUCUCGAAAUCCAGUAGUUCAGUUGGGUCCCGUUUUUCCAGCGCUUCAUGUGUAACGGUGGAUGGGGAUGCAGUGUUUAUGCAGCGUUGUGACAGCAUGGACGGGCAACCAACAAUUCCCGAAGAUGAGGAUACUGCCAGUAUAUUUAGCAAUGAUGAUCUG